AAUGGGAGAAGACAUUAGAGGUGCCAGCCAAGCUCAGCCUUCUGAGCUGUGAGCGUGGCGGGAGGGCUGCGGCUGGCUGGGCUCUGGUCACCGAGGUCGUGCGUUCGUCUGUUCUGACUCGGUUGUGGCGGUCGAGAUGUUUUUCUCCAAGGCCCUGGCCCGGCCGCGGACGUGGGAAGCCAGCCCGUCAGAACACAGGAAGUGGGUGGAAGUAUUUAAGGCAUGUGAUGAAGAUAAUAAAGGCUAUCUAAGCAGGGAGGACUUCAAAGUUGCUGUUGUCAUGUUGUUUGGGUACAAGCCCUCCAAGAUAGAAGCUGAUUCUGUGAUGUCUUCAGUAAAUCCGAACACUUCUGGUCUGUUACUUGAGGAGUUUUUACAUAUUAUAAGGAAAAAGAAGGAAGCUCAACUAUACUGGAAUGAAAUAAGACACAUCUUUACAGCUUUUGACAGGCACUAUCGUGGAUAUUUAACUUUGGAAGAUUUCCAAAAAGCGUUUAGGCAGGUGGCUCCCAAGUUACCAGAAAGGACUAUCCUUGAGGUAUUCAGGGAAGUAGAUCAAGACUCGGAUGGUCACGUCAGCUUUAAAGACUUUGAAUAUGCUAUGCAGCAUGGACAAAAGGACGUCAGCUUUAAAGACUUUGAAUAUGCUAUGCAGCAUGGACAAAAGGAAGCCUAACCGUUGUGGCUGCUUUUGGCAACUUCUGAAGAAAACAAAUUGCUGGUACCUAGUCCAGAAGGGAGAGCACGACUAUUAUUUGCUGCGUAAGAAUGCCCAAGCUGUCCGAGCAAAGACCGAAGAAGGGAGAUGAGAUGCAGCUAUGUCACCUACCCCUAGACCCCGUCCACAUCAUCAUCCUGUAAGCUUCCCCCAGCUUCUCGCUUCCAGGUCCCAGACCCCACCCUCAUCUCCAAGUCACGUGGUGCCGUCUAUGCGGUGUGGGACCUUGUUGCUCUGCCCUCAGUUGAAUCGCCCAAGGGUGGGCAUCUAUCCAAAUUGACCAACUCAGUCUCUCCCCUUGGAAGACAUCAAAAAGGAGACAUGGCAGUGCUCCUCUGAGUGGCUGAGUGACUCAGGAGCAAGUGGCAGACAUGUUUUCCACCACGGCCUGAGACACCAAGGCAGCUGGUUUGUAAUGAGAGCAGAAAAUGAAAUAGACACCAAGAGAGGAACAGGAAAGAAGCUGGAGAAACCCUGUGGUACUUGAUUUCUGGUUAAAGCUUGUGUGCAAAGCCCAGUCAUAACCUUCUGGGUCCUAUGAGGUAACCUUGUAUCAUUCCAAUAAAUCUUUCUGCUCAAGCCAGCUGGAGUUGCCUUCUGUUAUUUGAAACCAAGAGAACCCUAACUGUUACAAGCAUAGAGCCAAGGACAGAGUCCUAGGUAACAUCAACAUUUACUGGGGCAGCAGAGAAAAGUCUUUUAAGGGGAGUAGGAAGAAAUAGUUGGAGAUGGAAGAUGAAGCCAUUACCACUUGUCCCUCCAAUACCCCUGCGUCUACUUGACCCCUCACUGGGAUCAGCUCCAGUCUUGCUCCGCAGCAGUCGCUCUCCAAGAGAUCCCUAAUGAUCUGCUGCAGGCCAACCCACCAGCCUCACUCAGACCUCACUGCACUUGUCCCAUCUCUGGAGAGGGGAGGGGAGUCUUCUCUCUUUAGCCUCCAUGCCGUUGCUUUCUUGCAGUAUUUCUGCGCCCAUUUUUUUCUACUAUUUUCUGUUUUCUCUCCAACAACCAUCCCUUAAGUGUUAGUAUUCUCCAAAGUCUUCUAAUUGGCCAAUCUUCUUGAUCAAUAUAUUCUCCAAGGAUAAUUUCAUCCACUCCCAAGACUUCAGUUAUCACCUUUGUGGAUAUGGCUCCACAAACAAAUCUUUAUCUUUAGUCUUGAUCUCUGCUCAGCCCCAGACCUCUGUUUUCAUUUGCUUGUUGGGCAUUUUCACCUCAAUACAAACUCAUUAGACUAAAAUCACAUUCAUUGUUUCCUGUAAUUUUCAAAAUUAGUUUCUCAUUCUGUGUUUUCUAUUUCUGUUAAUGGCAACCACCCGGCCCCCAUCCCAAGCUGUCAUCCAAGCCAGUUGCCUCAGAUGCUUUUCAAAUCUUCUCCAUCUCACUUUGCUAUGACAUCCAGUUGAUCACUGUGUCCUUUGAGUCUGUGUCUGCAAAAAUUUCCAUGACAUUUUCUUCCAUCCCAUCAUGAUCUCCCUGCCCAUGUUCUUAGUCUAUCCUUCCAUUCAGCUUCGUUCUUCUAUUCAUUGAUAUAAAGAUGAGUAAAGGAUGUGCUGAUAAGUAAGAACCAGACCCCACUGUCAAGAAAUGUAGUCUAGCAUGUCAGUUAUCUUCCCAAAGCACAGACAAAAUUAUUUUUUCCCUGCUCAAAGCUUUUAGGAGCCACCUUUUCUAUUGGGUAGUGUCUAAAACCUUGAUACGCCACUCAAAGACCUCUGUGAUCUCAGUUUAUGUGUCCCACUUCAUCUUUCACAACUACCUCUACCACACCAUCCCACCACUAAGGUGACUCACGCAUACAUACAGUCCCUCAGCCUAGAAACACCAAAAUGGCGAUUAGCCUCGGGACUAACAUCUGAUGAGAUAAUAGGAAAGUCAACCAUAGAAUAGUAAGAUUCCAUUUAAAAAACCAGAUUAGGCCACUUUCAUCCUAAUUAAUAUUUUUCCCCUCACAGCUGUUGUCAGAAGGAAGACAAGGGAAGAGAAAGUAUGCUAGGUAUUUUGCAUUAAAAAAAUUCUUUUAUCUUGAAAAUUCAUUGAGAUAUAUAUUAGUGAUCCUCUUUUAUAAAUGAAGAAACAAUCUCAGAGAGUCUAAGUGACUUAGCUCAGACUGAGUGAUGGGGGUGUGUGGAGAGCAUCAGUGCUCAAACCUGUCUGCCUGACUGAGCACGAAUGCUUUCCUGUUACGCUACAUUGCCUCCAGUGGGGACAUCAUCCAUGACGUUAGUCCAUAUUCAGUGGUUUACACUUUGUUUGACCUGAAAUGAGUUUAUUCAAAUCCACUGUCCACCCCAGUUCAAGAAUAUUGUGCAUAAUAGGUAUUAAAUAGUAAUUCCCAUCUUACACAUCACCAAGCUUAACCCAAAUUCCAUUGGGUUAUUAAUCAAAUCCACUUUCAAAACACAAAAAUUUCCCAUCAGAGAUGAUCUCUUUUAAAAUGGGUUGCAGACUCUAAAGGCACUUUUCAAAGAGUAGUUCUAGAAAAGCUCCUAACAAUGGAAGUGUUUUUGAAGCUCGUGUGCAAAUUCUAAACAGAUUUUUUUCACCAAUCAUACUACUUGGUGUUCACACUUAAUUUACAGAAUUGUUAAUUCAGGAUUAAUAAAACAAGCUGUUGGAUACGUUCCUUUUUCCCAGCUUGUUACUGUUUAGAACUGCAGAAUUAAACAGUUAAAACACAUAAUGGCUUUAAGGAUAACACAAAGUGACCUUUCUUACAAAACAAAUUUAACUUGGCUUGGCCUCAUGGAUUGAAAAGUGGCUUAAAACAAUCUAACAUAAUAAAAAUAUGGAGCAUUUAAUCUAAAUUUCUCAUAGAUUGCUAUACUGGUAAAAUACUCAGAAAUGUGAAAAAAAACAUUAACUUCACAGAAAAUGUAGAUUGAUUUAUAUGAAAACAUAAACUGAAGUCCAAGUACACUCUCUAUUUUAUGGUUUACUGAUCUUUAGAAAAAAACUUCACAGGGGAGCAAAACAGUUGGGUUUAGAAACCUGACUUUAGGAAGAAUAAUUUCAAUAAUAUUGAAUUUAUAGAAAAAAAAAAUCUAAAGGAUCUAGAAAUACUUCACAAAUACGAUCAUAAUAACAGUUACUCUAAAGUAGAAGCCAGGUUUAGUCAUCUUAUUUUAAAGAAAGAAACUAAGCUUGCUUUUAAAUGAUGUUUCUAAUCAAACACGGAAGUAAUGCUUGAGUCCAUUUCUUUACCAAGCUUUCCCUACCGC